AAGCCUUCAGCUACAAGUUUCCGGUUUGGGCGCACAUUACAAAUACGAACCAAAAGACAAACGCCUUGUUUUACGCUGCCGCCAAGGCAUAUUUAUGGAACUUCUUCAGCCUUUCCAACCGGCUUCUUCCUCCUCCUGUCUCCCUCCCGGUUGUUGUUUCUCCCCCUCCGAUGAGCAGAUCCUCUGCUUCUACCUCCCCAACAAGACCACCGCAUCCAUUUCCCCCAAUUCGCUCGCCAAUGGCGUUUCCCCCGGCUAUAACUUAAUCAAAGACCUCGACCCCUUCGAUUACGAUCCUUUCGAUUUGCCGGAGUCCGCGUGUUUUUGUUACGGUUCCAGGGGAAGAAAGAAGCACUGGUACUUCUACUCAGUAUGUGUUUUUAGUGAGAAAAGAGGACGGAUAAGAAUGAAGAGCGGGUAUUGGAGAAGAAAAAGGAGAGCGAGAGAGGUGAUUAUCCAUCGAGGAGUUGUUCUUGGGAUGAAGACCAGUUUUGUGUUCUAUUGGGGGAAUUCGAUCGAGAACGCUGUGAAGACUAAUUGGAUCAUGUACGAGUAUGCCCUAGGCGAUCAUUUUAAGGCUUCUUUUGUACUGCAUCGGGUAUUUGUAAGAGGUUGGGGACUUGGCAUUUCGGGUAAUGGCUUAAGUGCUUAUGGUGACGGAAGUGUCUCAGCAGUAUGCCAUAAUGGCAAUCAGCAAGAUGGAAUUCCAGUAACCAAUGGCAUCGCAGGACAUGAAAUGGGUUGUGCGGAGAAGCCAAAUUGUGUGCUCGUUACAGAUCCUGUUACCACUUUGCAAGUCCCAUCAGAAGCUUACCCUUGCGGGAUGAUGGCUCCCUCGCCUGUAACCCCUACUGGUUCAAUCUCUAUUAUGGACGGAGAUUUUAUAGAAUUAAACGAUCUUGAUGAUCAGUUGGAUCCGGAAGAUAUCAGUCGAUGAGUGUUAAUUCUCAGGCUUAUUCCUGCCUGACGUUAGAUUUCAGAUGGGGUACAAAUUCUUCAGGAAAGAGACACUGUGUACUAGUGUUACUGAACCAUCUCUUAAAUGCGAAAGAAACUCUGCCUUGGAGUUAGCAAGAUUGCAUAAGGGAGGGGAGCAAAUUGCCGGUUGAGGUAAUAGAUUGCUUUUCUUUAUGCUGUUUGCUUCAGUUUAUUCUUCCCCUGAUGUUUCAGGGAAUGAUUAGCUUUUCUUUUUGUUUUUUUGUUUGUUUCUGUGAAUGUAAAUUUGAAAUUGGCUAAAUGUUUGGCAUUUUUGUUCUGAUAAACAAGGGGAUGUUGAUUUAUUCACCCAAAUUGGAAGAAGACAUGAGUGUUGGUGUAAUUAAUGCUAUUCUGCAUAAUAAUCCAUUUUUGCCAAUUGUUGCUAUUGGCUAAUUGUAGGCCUUUCUGUAAA